UUUCUUUCUUCCCAAAAUAAAUUGAAGAGAAGGGUCUGAGUGGUUUUUUGUUCGUCGACUCUGUCAUAGAUCUGGGACCCUGCAAUUUGGCUUCAAAGAGAGAAAAAAUUCUGCAAGAUUCGAAAUUUGUGGGUGUUUUUUUUUUUUAUGUUUUUUCAUUUCUGGAUUGCAAGUAAUGGAAAAUUCUAGUAACACUGAUGGGGAAGAGUCAAGAAAUCAGACAAUACCUUCCACUUCUUCAACAACAUCCUCCGGUGGUUACCGUUUGUUUGGUCGUCAGGGUUCACUUCACCAGUUUCUGGGUGGUGGUAAAGGGGCUGAUAUACUCUUGUGGAAGCGGUGGCAGAAUUCUUUUGGUGUCAUUGUUGUUGCUACUGUCGCUUGGCUCAUAUUUGAGCGGUCUGGAUUACCAUUCUUGUCCAUUUGUUCAGAUGUCUUGCUGAUAUUAAUUGUAUUGUUGUUUGUCCGUGCCAACUAUGCAGCUUUUAGAAAUAGACAACUACAAACAUUACCAGAACUUGAGUUGUCAGAGGAAAUGGUUAAUAAUGCUGCAGCAUCAUUUCGUGUUAAAAUCAAUAAUGUGCUUCUUAUGGCUCAUGAUAUAACUCUUGGCAAAGAUUUUCGUCUUUUUUUCAAGGUUGUGAUUUGUCUAUGGCUCUUAUCUGCCAUUGGUAGUUAUUGCUCUUUCUUCACACUUGCCUAUAUUGGAACCAUCUUAUCGAUUACCAUUCCUGUCUUCUAUAACAAAUAUGAAGAACGUGUGGAUAAAUGCUGUGGAAUGAUCCACCGAAAAUUUUCCCAGCACUAUAAGAUAGUAGAUGAGAGUGUGACUAACAGAAUCCCCCGGAGUUUAUUCAAAGAAAAAGAUGUCUAAGUUUCACAUUUUACAAAGAGGUUAUGACUGCAUGCUGUACUCUUGGAGUUUCACCUACCAACACAAAGUCUUUGAUGUUUUGCUUCACUUUAAAUGAAAGCAGAUUUUUGUAAUCUGUUAAUGUCAUCUACAUGUUUUCACCAUCAGUUGAGCUGCAACUGUGUACAGUUCUGCUAAAUGCUUCUUCCACAUCAGAGUGGAAAGGGAAAGAAGGUUCAGGGAUUUCUAUAGAUCUGCUCUACCAAGAUUCAGCAAGUCUCAUUUGUUGUUGUUGAUUCUUGAAGAGCCUUUGUGGUCUGUGUGGAGCUACUGCAUGGUGGUAGGGGAGUUGAGCCGAUGUAUAUCAUUAAAGUUGAGGUCUUGACACAACUUGAUGUAUUGCCUCAGAAGAGCAUAUCACAUCCAUUGUUUUUGGGGAUCUAUUGUUACUAAAUAAACUGAAAGGAUGUAUCUUGAGUUGCUUGUUUGAUAUAUCUUUUUCUUUCCUUAGUUGAUUUUGGAUGCACCAUUAUUGUCAUAAUGAUUCGGAAAUCCUGAAA